AUGGUCCUCUUCUCAGGCCUGGCCAUUGGAUCCGACGGCUAUAACGCGGCCGUGAUAGGCAACGUCGAGCUCCUCCUCGGAGUCGUCUACCCCAAUGACCUUUCCAACUCCAUCUACUCGCGCCUCAGCAACGCCUUCCUCAUCGGCAUGAUCAUCGGCAUGCUCUUCUUCGGCGUUGUCGUCGACCAGCUGGGUCGCAAGACGGGCGCCGUGGCCACCACCAUCCUCCUCGUCUUGGGCAUCGCCAUGUCCGCCGCCGCCAACGGCACCUCGCCCAAGGGCCUCUUCUGGAUGCUCAUCGUCGCCCGGGGCGUUGCCGGCGUCGGUGCCGGAGGCGAGUAUCCCGUGUCGGGCGCCGGUGCCGUCGAGGCCACGGACGAGAGCCACCAGUACCGAAAGCACCGCGGCUUCAUGUUUGCCAUGCUGGCGGAUUUCUCCUCGGACCUUGGGUAUGUCUUUGGCGGGCUGGUGCCACUCCUCUUGCUGCUGUGCGUCGGCCAGAGAGAGGACAAGUAUGACAUUGUCUGGCGGACGUCGUUUGCCCUUGGCGCGAUCCCUCCGCUCGGCAUCUUUUGGUUUCGUAUGCGCAUGGCCGUUGCCACGGCGUAUCGAAAGUCUGCCAUGCGAAAGCAGCGAGUGCCGUACCGGCUGGCCCUGAAGCGGUACUACCGGCCACUUGUAGGAGCCGCGGCCAGUUGGUUCCUGUAUAACUGGAUCUCCAUUCCCUUUGGCAUCUUCAGUUCAACCAUCAUCAACCGUGCCAAUGUGGGACAGAGCCUGACCAAGUCUCUGGGAUGGGGAGUUCUCAUUAACUGCUUCUACCUCCCGGGGCCCUUCUUGGGAGGUUAUCUGUCUGAUAGGAUCGGGAGACGGCAGACGAUGGCCAUCGGCUUCGGGCUGCAAGCGAUACUUGGGUUUGUGCUUGGGGGUGCAAUCGGCCCUAUCCAGACAGUCUUUCCUCUCUUCGUUGUGCUCUAUGGCAUCUUCUUGACGCUCGGCGAGGUGGGACCCGGAAGCACCGUCGUCCUGACUGCUUCCGAGUGCUUUCCCACGUCCAUCCGCGGCCAGAUGAUGGGCCUCAUCAGCGCCUGCUCCAAGGCCGGAGCCGCCAUCGGCACGCAGGUCUUUACGGCCAUCCUCAACAAGUACGCCGGCAAUCCCGACAAGGGGAACCAGGUUGCGUUCCUCAUCGGCUCGGCGUUUGCCGUGCUGGGCGGGCUUGUGGCCUUUUUCGUCAUCCCGGAUGUGUCGCGCAGGCUGGAGGACGAUGACGAGGCGUGGAAGGUUUAUCUGGCGGAUCACGGAUGGGAGGCGACGUGGGGAGAUGCUGAGACUAGGGAUCCCAAGGGAGUGGUGUUGAAUUGUCAGGCUGAUUAA